GGGGGGAGUUCUCCUGAUGUCAUUUGGCAGAGAGGGAGGCUGAGCAAACGGGUGGAAAGCACAACAAUAACGUUACUGCUUUUAGCCGUCCACACCGGGACUUGUGACGUCUUCUGUGGGAUUUAAACACACAGCGUUAGAUACCGUCCUACCUCACCGAAGAAGAAGACGAGCGAGAGGAGGUGAAGCUAACGGUCUGAAAGUACCAGAUGCUAUACCAGCGAAGAAGAAGGAGAACGGGAUGAUGGGUUCUCGCUCUCUCGCUGACGGAUAACGUGAGACCUUUUUCUAGGAAACAAGGAUACCACGAAGUGAAGGGAACUUUGCUCCGCUUCCUCUCCACCACCGUGUCUGUGUGUGUGUGACAUUGUGUCUGAAAUGCUAGCGCGGUCUCGGCCGUGGAGCAGCCUCUGGGCCGCAGCUCGGCUCACCGAGAGCCAGAAUCUGUGAAAUAGCUAAGCUAGCUUCUCUAGCUAGCCGCAUCUGUGCCCGAUGCUGCUGCUGCUGCUGCUAAACGGAUCCGAGGGACGACACAAGCGCGCGUGAGUGAGCCGUUUGGUUUACCGUACUUGACCUACAAACGGGCAUUUGAGAUGUGAUGCUUUUUGUGCCUCGUAUUUGAGUCUUUUUGUAGCUGGGGGCUAAGGAGCUAACGUUGCUGCAGAAUGCCGAGCAGAACCACAGCAGCAGCAGCAGGCUCCCGUUGAAGGGGGCGAGGUUAGACUGAACAGCCCCACAGAGUCUCUCCACACUCGGGGGUCACAUAUUGGACAACGACCCCCCCCUCACGUCAUUCGCCGCCUCAUCAGCUGGCGACAUGGAUAAACUCACGAUCAUUUCAGGGUGCCUGUUUCUGGCAGCAGAUAUCUUUGCAAUAGCCAGCAUUGCAAACCCAGACUGGAUCAACACUGGCGAAUCAGCAGGUGCCCUUACGGUCGGUCUAGUCCGGCAAUGUCAGACCAUCCACGGACGAGACCGGACCUGUAUUCCACCUCGGCUGCCCCCAGAGUGGGUCACCACGCUCUUCUUCAUCAUCAUGGGCAUCAUCUCCCUCACGGUCACCUGUGGACUACUCGUGGCAUCACACUGGCGCCGAGAAGCCACCAAAUACGCCCGCUGGAUCGCCUUUACUGGCAUGAUCCUGUUCUGUAUGGCGGCGCUCAUCUUCCCCAUAGGCUUCUAUAUCAACGAAGUGGGCGGCCAGCCGUACAAGCUGCCCAACAACACGGUGGUGGGCUCCUCGUACGUGCUGUUCGUCCUCUCCAUCUUCUUUACCAUAGUGGGACUUCUGUUCGCCGGCAAAGUUUGCCUCCCGGGCUGAGGACUCGACUACGCCCGCCUCUGGACUGAACACGGGAGGCUCUGAAAAUGUUCUGGGAUUUACAAAGAAAAAAAAAAAACACACACAAAUGACUGAAAAUCAACAACAACAAACUCUGGCCAGAAGCCUGAAACGGGGAAGUCUUAUGUGUCGAGAGGAGCGCAGCACCACGGAGUACCUAACGAUAAACAAAAUAGAUAAAAUGAAAAUGAACAUUAAAAGUGGGGACUUGGGGCUCAGAGGGGUGGAGGAGUGAGAGAGCAAGGGCUGUUGCUGCACCCUUCCAGUGUUGAUUUAAAACAUGUCGUUCUGGAAAAGAGGUGCUUAACGUGCUGCUGUCAUGGCAACUGCGGCCACAAUGCUGGCGCACAUUUCUAGAGGACCGCUGCAGCCUCUCUUCAUCUUGACCCCCGGCCGCCCGUCAGCCAGCGCCGUCACGAGUGCUCCUGUCGCUAUUUUUGGCUUCUAUUCGCUACUUCAGUUGUGUGUUUUUUCUCUGUUGUUGUACAUUUUGUGUUCUUUUGUUUUGUUUUUUCUCUUCCUCCCCCUCACCGCCUUUUCACUAAAGUAGAUUGAGUGUAAUUGAGGUUCACUGAACUGAAUCCUGGAGGGGGGGAACUGGGGUUUUUUUUUUUUUUUCUUUUCUGCCAGCUCGGCUUUAAAGCAGGA